AUGAUAUUUGACAAUCACCAUUUAUACACAGAUCGAGCACAGAACCAUCUUCAAAUCUGCCACUUAACUGAUUUGUUGUAUUCCAAAAGCACAGACAACAUGGUGCUCAAUUCAGUCUCUAGUGUCAUUGAGGAUACUUUGUUUAUUUCAAGGGAUCCUGCUAAGGAAGCCCAGGGAUACUAUAUCCUCUCACCAGAUGCCGAUGAAGCUCUAACCUUAGAAACAAUCGAUGAUCUCAUCAUCAACCAUUUAUCUGAAUCAGGUAGAAUCAAAGAUGGUAAAAAAUUUAAAUAUUUGAUGGAAUCCUACACCAGGGCACAAAAUAUCAGGAAAAGAUUAAAGAGACAAUUAGAAAAAGAAACUGAUGUCAAACUAACACUGGACAAAUUAGAUCAAUUAAUCGUUGGGUAUGGUCUAAUAUUAUUUUUGGUGAGCGAUUUUGCUUGCGAAGAUGAUAGAGCAUCAACCCCCCUUCCCAUGAUACAAAUAUUAGAUGGUAAUGCUGAUCAGUAUAAUCAAUUUCUUUAUGCAAUCAUUAAACAGUCUAUAGAGGAAGGCUCCACUUUUGAAUUUGUGGAGAAUUUCUUUAAUUCAUUGGUAUUAUGUGUUUCUAACGAACUAGGAACCACGUUUAACAUUUCUCAAUCGAAGACCUAUAAUUCGGUAUUAACCCUCUAUGAAAUGUUUCUUUCCUUCAAAGAAGUUGCUGAAAUAUUUACACAAAUUGAGUCCUUUUUUGGAGAAGAAGUUUACUCUAAGGGAAGCAUUGCGUAUUGGGAGAAAUAUACCAUUUUGGGCCCCAUAUUACAAUUAUCACCAUUAGAAUACCACGAAACCAUGGACAAUUAUCAAUCUUUCGCAGGUCAAAAAGCCUUCGUGAAACAAACUGAUUUAAAAAUACUAAAUGAAUCAUUACAGAAUCAACAUAAUAUUAUUUUGCAACGAUUAUUUGGUAUAAUUGAUAGAUUAUUCCGUAUAUCUUCAAAAUCAAGGGAGGAUGUUUUAUCUUAUUUUGCCCAAAUUGUUAAUAAAAACCAUUUAAGAAGAGGUGAAGCUGAUAUAGACCCAGCAAAGACUGAGUUGACUUCAGAUGCAACUAUGGCAAAUAUCACCGUAAUCUUAAUCAAAUUCACUCAACCAUUCUUAGAUAUUUCAUAUAAGAAAAUUGAUAAAAUUGACAUUAAUUAUUUCAACAAUGUCAACCUUUUUUUGGAUUUAUCUAAUGAGACAAGGAUUAACUCUGAUUAUAAAGAGGCUGAACAGUUUUAUGACCAAAACAAGAAACAAAAUGGGGAAGACAUUAAACCAAACUUCAUUUCCGAUUGCUUCUUUUUAACAUUAACUUAUUUGCAUUAUGGUAUUGGUGGUGUCUUAUUGAGAGACGAGAAAAACUCACCUAUAUUAAAGAGAAUGGAAGCUGAAUAUGAACGAAUGAGAAAUUUACAACAGCAAAGGGCAACCGAUGCCAAUCCAUUUAUGAAGAAUAUCCUAAAGAUUCAACUACAAAAAAUCGAGGAUGAGAUGGCAAAGUUUCAAUCAUGGAAAUAUUCAUUUCAAUCUUUUUUUUCAAACAGGGCAAUCCAAUCAGAGGUCUUCGAUUUUGUUUGUGGUGCAUCAACUUUCCUUAUUCGUGUCAUUGAUCCUUCCCAUCAAUACCCUUUUAAACAAUUAAAUCUGCCUUUAAUACCAGAUCAAAUUGGUGUGGAGAAUGUGGAUAACGCAGACUAUUUAAGAGCGCAUGCACCAGUGCCUUUCAAAUAUUAUCCAGAAUUUAUAGUCGAAGGUUUAAUUAAUUAUACAUUUUACAUUUCUCGAUAUACAAAUUCACCAGUCAUUGAUCAUGGAUCAAGACUGAAUUCUUUCGUUGAAUUUACCACAGUAAUAUUACGUUGUCCUGAAGUAAUCUCGAAUCCGCACUUAAAGGGUAAAAUGGUUCAAUUACUAAGUAUGGGUUCAUACAAAUUAAAUGAGGUCACACCAGGAUUUAUGAUGUCCAUAUUUGAAAAUAAUGAACUAGUUUCCAAAAAUUUACUAUAUGCCUUGUUAGAUUUUUAUGUCAUUGUAGAGAAGACGGGUUCAUCAUCACAAUUUUAUGAUAAAUUUAAUUCCAGGUAUGCCAUUUCCAUAAUACUUGAGGAAAUCUACCAGACUAUUCCCAAGUAUAAACAACAAUUAUAUUUGCAAGCUAAGAAUGACCCAGAUUUUUUCACUAGAUUUGUAGCUAGAAUGCUGAAUGAUUUGACAUUUUUAUUAGACGAAGGUUUAACAAACUUAACUGAGGUUCAUAAAAUUAAUUUGGAGUUGGAAAAUAUCAAUAGAAAUUCUACUACUGCUACUACACCCGUAACGCCUGAACAUAUCGAAGAUUUAAAGCGUAAAUUAAUCUCAGCUGAAAAGCAGGCUAAAUCAUCAUGUGGUCUUUCUGCCAAAUCCAUGGCCUUAUUUGAACUGUUCACAGGUGACAUCCCAAGAUCAUUUGUUACCCCUGAAAUCGUUGGUAGAUUGGCUGGUAUGCUAAAUUAUAACUUAGAAUCGUUAGUGGGACCUAAAUGUGGUGAAUUGAAAGUGAAAGAUCCUGAACAAUAUUCCUUUAAUCCUAAGGAACUAUUGAAAGCUGUUUGUACCGUUUACAUUAAUUUAGCUGAUCAAGAUGACUUUGUCGCUGCUGUUGCAAGAGAUACGAGAUCGUUUAAAGAAGAAUUGUUUAAGAAAGCAGUAUUUAUCUUGGGUAGAAGAACAGGUCUUGUAUCAGAUCAAUUCUGUGCAAGGUUACUAAAUUUUGGUAAGGCUGCUCAAACGCAGAAAGAACAAGAGGAACAAGAAGAUAUUGAAUUAGGUGAUGUCCCUGAUGAAUUUUUGGAUCCGCUAAUGUAUACUAUUAUGGUGGAUCCUGUCACAUUACCCACGUCACAUGUUAAUAUCGAUAGAAGUACUAUCAAGGCUCAUUUGUUGAGUGAUUCCACUGAUCCAUUCAAUAGAUCACCAUUAAAAUUAGAUGAGGUAAUUCCAAAUGAUGACUUACGUGAGAAGAUUCAAGCUUUUAUAAAAGAAAAAAGACAGAAAACAAAAUAA